CUACAAUCUGUUGCGCCGCCCUCGGGAAGCCGGCAGAUCCGGGUCUCGUGGCUAAGAGUGACGUGGUCUAUCGAAUCCAAACAGAGGGGAGGAGGCCGCCGGCCAGCAGCAUCGGCAGCGACAGCGGCGUCCGGAACGCUCCCGGCCGCCACCCUCCCCGCCCGCCGCUGGUUUGGGCGGGUUUAAAUAGCUGAGUAAGAUCAAGCUGGUGACCAUGGCUGAAGGAGGAUUUGAUCCCUGUGAAUGUAUUUGCUCUCACGAACAUGCUAUGAGAAGACUCAUCAACCUGCUCCGGCAGUCCCAGUCCUACUGCACCGACACAGAAUGCCUUCGGGAGUUGCCAGGACCCUCCAGUGACAGUGGCAUCAGCAUCACUGUGAUCCUGAUGGCCUGGAUGGUGAUCGCCGUGCUCCUCUUCCUUCUGAGGCCUCCUAACCUGAGAGGCUCCAGCCUCCCUGGAAAGCCCUCCAGUCCUCACAGUGGACAGGACCCACCAGCCCCUCCCGUGGACUAACGUCCUGGUGUGGGAAGCAGCAAUGGUUUAACACCCUGCACGACCGAGCGACUGAAGACGACCAGGCACUAACUGUCUCCUUUUCCAUCUGCAGUUUGGAUGGUAUUGUUUUCAUGAGCUUCUAGAAAUUUCACUUGCCAACUGCCUUUUGCUUCCUGUGUUGCCACAGUCCUUAUUUACAGUAUCCCUGAGUAAAUGAUUCUAUUGAAAAGUUGAGGGCUUUGUUGGUUGGCCUAAGCUUAAACAUUCCACUCGUUCUCCCUGCAACCCUGACUAGAACGUCUGUGGUGGUUUCUGGCCCAGCUGAAGGAAAAUUGAGAUUUCUGCAUUUAAGUAUUUUAAGUGGUUUUGAUAGAUUUUAAUUCUUUCCAUAAGGUAUUUAUUUGGGGUUGUCUGGUGUGAGUGACAGAGCCAUACUGUAGUUACUUUCCUGGCACUUUUCUGUAGUCCUUGGGACAGUGAGCAUUUUCCUCACAACCUCCAGAUGGCUUUAUGGCUAGAAUUCGGAAAUCGAACUGGUUGUUUACUGAUUUUUUUUUUAAUUCCCAUUAAAAUUUUCUGAUGUUAAGAAUACUUUAAAUAAACAUGAUUGAUUAAUAUAGUGGUUGGUUUAGAAUCCGUUGCGUAUCAUUGAAAGCCACUGUAUGCUAGCCUUCCUCGCCUCAUGAUAUUUGUUCUUCAAGUGAGUGCCUCUUCAGCAAGCUUCUCUUCCAUUCUAACACUUCCCUGUUAAAGUACAAUCGCCUGUAUGUGGGGCUGGCAUUUUAACACCCAUGACUGAAUUUCAUACCUUUUUUUUUUAAAUUUAAAGAAAACUGAGUCUUUUGUUGCCUUCUGACUUAUGAGGAGAGGAGCCUUUAAUCUGAGGGCUUGGUUUAUUCCAAGGGAAAGGAGGAGAAUGACAAAGGAGAAUAUCUUUGUCACCUCUCAGCUCAGUUCUGUUUGGCAGUAGGAUGCAGGCACAUUGGAGUUGGUAACUGAGCUUUUGAAAUGUGUUUAACAGUCAGAAGUUCAAAAGCAGUGAAUACAGACUGCAUCAAACAGGCCUGGGCAGUCUGCACGCCUGCACUCUCUCCUCCUAGGAAUCACCGCAGGGGAUUUGUCCGGGCCAGAACAUAUUUUGUUAUCAAGGUAAAGGCUGAUCCCUUCUUGGUCAGUCUAGGCUGUCACUGUACAGAGCUGAGAGACUAUGUGUGUGAACUAAAUAAACUUAUACCACACUGCACUACCAACUGCCCUGUGACCCAAUUGUGCAACCUUCUGCUAUUUCUCCCAAGCAGUGGUUAUCCAGGUCUGGCCGUAAGCAUUGUUAAGGGCAUCUCUUUGUCCUGUAUGGUAAUCCUGGCUACUUGUGCUCUUCCUGGUUCCCUUGGCUUUGUACUCAACAUUUAAACAAUAAUAUAACCACCUCUUAGCUACUUGUGUUUCUAAGGAGUGACUUAACCAGGUAAGUUAAAUUCUGCACAAAUUAACAACACACGGUACAGGAUUUCUCUCUCUUUUGCUGUGGCCACCCAGAAGUCUUACCCGCUUAGUAGCCUGUAGCCAGUUUAACACAAAAAGCCAGGUAUGGUAGCAGUCUCGAGACCAGACGAGGCCACAUAGUGAAUUUCAGGUCAGGUUUGGCGAGGCAUGGGAAGACUUUGGCUCACAAACGGAAAAAAUGGGGUGAGGGACUUAACCUGAGCAAAACUGGAAUGGCCUCGAGUGGAUCUAAAGCUGUAGUGUUUCUUCUCCUGCCCUCAGCCUCUGAAGGCUGCACAUAUGUCCCAACAGUGCUUUCUAACCUGCUGAUGGCCUCACACAGUCUGCCUCACAAAUAGCUGAGACUUCACCUUGGAUUAAAAUAAAAAUGGCGAAGGGUAGAAAGAAGGCUUGGCAGUUACGAGCACUGGCUGCACUUCCAGAGGACCCAGGCUCAUUUCCCAGCCACCACACGGCAGCUCACAGCCGUCUGUAACUCCAGUUCCAGGGUAUCCAACACCCUCAUAGAGGCAUACAUGCAGGCAAAAGACCUGCAUAAAAGACCGAGCAUAAAAGAAGAGUAAAUCAAUUAUUUUUUAAUGGAGAAAAUGUGGAUAAAGAACAUCUAGUAUUAGAGACCUGGAAAAAUAGAUGUUUAUUCUGGGUAUUCAUUUCUACCACAUGCGCUUACGUCUAAAUAUCAUAGUUUUCCCCUAUGUAACCCCCCUGUUAAGUUAGUAACACAGCCACCCUUUUUUUUUAACCUGAUAAAGAUUUUCCUUUCUGACAUAGAAAUGGCUUAGUUGUGUUCACCAGAAGUGCACAUGAGCACAGUUGUACAGAACAUUCCAUCGAGACUUGUGUGUGUGUGUGUUUGAGACCGGGUUUCUCUGCCUAGCUCUGGCCUCAAGCCCGGAGAUCACCUGCUUUUGCCUCCCUGGCUGAGAUUAAAGCCAUGUGCCACCACCACCUGGCCUGACCCAGGCGUUUCAGUGCCUGGUAACAGUUGGAUUUCUUUGAGAAGUACUUGGCCUUGGGUUUUUACCUUUAGUCUUUGCUAUUUUUGUUUUCUUUGGUAAUUUUUUUCUAUAUUCCUAAAGUGAUAAUAUCUUGCAUAGAAUAUUAUUACUAACCCAACUAAUAAUUUGUUAUUCUCUUCCUUAAGUUUCUACAUGUGGCCCUUUAAGAUAGCAUAUUUGUACACCAUUAUUUGGCUUGCAAACAUUCACUUGCUCUGUAGCUACAAUUCUGGUAAACUAAAAAGAGAAAGCAUACAGUCUUGACGGUAGGCCGUCCACGCCACCAAGAGAGUUCACUUGAGAGCUUCUUCAUACUGUUUCAUACAAAAUCUAGUAGUUCUGUUUUUCUGUUUUCCACAUUGGGAGUAUUUAUAGCAAAAGAUUUUAUCACGUACCUAAACACUAUCCCAUGCCUAAGAACUCAUGUUCUAACGAUGUACAGGGGUUCUCCAGAGUCGCCACCGAGUACUCUCUGAGUACUGGAAUUGUCCCAUGCUUCCACUGAGCGUCUGCGAUAGUGUUUAUGGAAUUACGAAUAUCUUAGACUUUUAAAGGACUUGUGGAAGUCUGUCUUUCUAAAUGACAGUUUGUCUGUCUCUCAGUGAUUUUUUUUUUACUGCAGUUUGAUCAGCUCACUUUAAAACACAAAACAGCAACUUGAAGACAGAAAAUACAAAUGGUUUAAAUUUUGUCGUUGCCAUAGAAAAUAGGGACAGUCUUAUAUUUCUCAGUGAAGCAUCCUGUGUAUCAUUACAUGUCCAAUGAUUAUUUUGUUAACGGCAAAGGGGUCAUGUGAUGUACUAAAUGUAAUUUGCUGUUUCUCAAUGUUUAAAUCAUGCCAAACAAAUCAGCCCGUGCCAUCUAGCCUAUGGUGUUCAUCUUUUACUGAGGACUUGGAUUGGGCUUAAGGGCUUGUACUAUGCACUUUUUAUUAAUGAAUAAAUAGAAAAUGUUAGUAA